GAAACUGCUUGAUCCCCCAGGCGAAUGCAGUAAAUGCGCAUCAUGAUAAGAAUGGCACUCUCCAGCCAGGACCCACAAAGUGAAACGAAUCUGGACUGAGCAGAUCGAAACUAUGGGCAACGACGACGAAAACGCACCUCAUGCUGACGUCGUCUUUAUGGGAGCUGCCCGGGUGGGAAAAACAACCCUUGUGCAUCGCAUAAUGUGCGUCGACAGUUCUCUUGCGCUAGAAGGCAGAUACGCCCCUACUAUUGAGGACUCGUAUAUACGACAGUUUUUGGCUGGUGAAACCAGCUGCCGUCUGCGACUGGUGGAUACAGCCGGUGGUUAUGAAUUUCCUGCAAUGGAGCGUUUGUGGAUCAAAAGAGCAUCCGCAUUUGUACUGGUUUGCUCGAGAGAUGACCCUUCUAGUCUCGCUCAUUUGCGGAACCUGCUCAACCGCAUCAAAAACGAACGCCAAUGCGAUCUCAAACGCCUUCUUUUGGUACUCGUCAUGAAUAAAUGUGAUCUUCAUAUGAAAGAAUGGAUGAUCCCGGAUGAAGACUUGGAAUUGCUGGCUGAUGAGUAUGAGAUACCAUACAGAUCUAUUGUUUUCACCUCUGCUCUACAUCAAACCGGGGUAGCACAAAUACUCAAAAUGCUGUGGGAACAGAAUGAGGAAUCCGGAACACGGGUGAUUAAGUUUGAGCCAAGAACAAGUGCAGCCGAAAUCAACCGACGUUCCAGUGCCUUCGCCGUCCUGUUUGGCAAUGUACAAGCACGGGUAGCACAAAAAAUGUCCCCAAAUAACGCAGGGAGACCACAUACUGGUUCGUUUGGCGAUAAUGUACUUCCCGCAACUAGACGCUUUCAAUCAACAUCGAGUACCUCUCCUAGCUGGGUUGUGAAAACCUUUGGCAGAAUAAACCUGGGUGGGAAGACCAGGAUGAAACAACGAUAUCCGCCGGCUGCAAUCGAUCUGAAUUGUGCUAUUUCCUAG